AUGCAUUACAUGGAUAUGUUUAGUAAAGCUGGGAACAUAUUUAGGCAGCCUAGAGCUUUGCAGGCUGCCAACGUAAUGUUACAGGGCAAUCUUUCUUUGACUCCUUCCAAACUCUUUGUUGGAGGUCUCUCACCAACUACUGAUGUAGAUAUCUUGAAAGAUGGUUUUGGCAGAUUUGGCAAAAUAGUUGAUGUGGUUGUGAUUUCGGACCGUGAAACUGGUGUUUCGAAGGGAUUUGGUUUCGUAACAUACGAUUCGAUUGAUGCUGCUAAUAAGGCAAUGCAUCAGAUGAAUGAUCAGGAACUUGAUGGACGAAUAAUUGGAGUGAACCCAGCUGAUUCAGGAGGCGGUGGAGGUGGUUUAGCAAGACGGGGUGGUCGUGGUGGUGGCCGUGGUGGGUUUGGUCGUGGUGGAUUUGGACGUGGUGGCUAUAACUUUGUUCGUUAA